AUGUUGGCAUCCAUCCUAGUCAACGGGACAAACUUGCAGCAAGUCUCUCUACAGACAGCAGCCUUGGGUAGCCAACCUACCUUUGCCGAAUUGGUAUGUAGCAAGGUUGCUUACGACUAUGCAAUGGAUGUGGAAACCUUUCCUAAGAUACGGCGCUUCUCCUUCACACCUUCUUAUAUGGACAAUGGCGUGCCGCUUUUACCAAAUCUUCAUCAUUUUGCAUUGCACUAUGCGACAGCGGGCGUAGGCCUAUGUAUCCAUCCGCUCAAGUGUACUGAACUAGGUACGCUCCGAUCGCUCACGUUCCGCCAUGUCUAUGCUGCUGGGGACAAGGUCCGUGGAUUGUUGGCACUCACCAACUUCCCCUUUCUCAAAGAGCUCUGCAUCUUCGAAGGGAGCUGGGACGAUGAUUUGAGUUAUCCAGAUCUAGUGUCAUUGAUCCACAACCGCUGCCCAUCCCUGCAGACGCUCGUGCUGGAUUUCAUGGACAACGCCGACGAAGAUCCCAGCAACAAGCCCAAACCACUUUUCUACUUGCUGGCGAGUGUCACCUCGGCUCGCAUCCACGUACGCCAUCUGCCCGACAGCUACCAAGAUCUAGCCUACAUUCUUGCGUCUGGACAUCCUGCAUGGCCUGAAAGUGUGCAGCGCUUGGAGAUAACAGGCCUGGCCGUGCCUAUGCUGAACGCUAUGGCUGCGGCAUAUGUGAUGAGCCAGCCUGUGGGCAUUAAGCUUGCAAGCGUGCAGGAACUACGACUUACGUUCGAAUCAAACGCACUUUUUGACCAGGACCUUCGAGACUUUGACAGCGUUUUGGUUGACGUGAUUGACGCUUGCAGAAGAAAGGGUGUCUAUAUUGGGGUUUAUCAGCGUCGUACUGGCGAUUUGGACGCUGUCGACGAGUUUCACAUGGGGCAUGAAACUAAGGCGAUUCUUGGACAAGCAGAUGAGUAA